AUGAACGAAUGCCCCCUCUUCUCCCCCAUUUCGAUUCUCUCACCUCAACUCACCAUCUCUAACCCCGCAAACCUCGGGGGAUUCCCAUGCCAUGACACCCAAAAUUUUCCCUCUCUCUCCCGCCGCCGCAUUUCUCCGACUUUUCACUAUUUCCAUCUUUUCUUAAUGCUUGCAAACCACUGGAGUUAGGGUUUCUGGAAUAGCGUAUAAUCCAUUAGUUUUGUUUAUACAUCUAGAGGUUAGCUCAGGGUUUUGAACGGGAAAUCGUCGAAGAUGGGCAGCGUGGAUCGGGUUGAUGAUUUUACAUUUAAAGUUGAUUUUAGCGGAGAUGGAGCAGCCAAGUUGAGAGACAGAAUCAAGGAUAAACUCAAGGAGUUCAUGGGUGACUACACUGAUGAUAUUCUUGUGGAAUACGUGAUUGUCUUAUUGAAAAAUGGCAGACGUAAAGAUGAAGCAAGGAAUGAGUUGAAUGUUUUUCUUGGGGAUGACAGCGAUUCAUUUGUCUCCUGGUUGUGGGAUCAUCUGGCUUCAAAUUUGGAUCUAUAUGUUCCUUCUCAGGAACCUCAUGUGGAAGGAGCCAGAACAAUUGAAUUGGGGAACCAGCCUGUUGGUGCUGACUCUCACAAGUUGGACUCUGAUUCUGGAAGAGGAAAGUCUACUAAGUUGGCCAGGAAUCGGCACAAUAGGGAGUGGAAGGGACUAGUUCGGGAUGCUGCUGAACCACCUCCUCAUCUGAGCUCGAAGGUUGAGAAUAUUCGUUUUGAGGAAAAAUCCUGUCAAAAAGUAAGCCGUGGAAGAUCUACCUCUCCCCGUCCUAGUCAGAAGAAAAGGAGCAGACUUGAUGAGAGACAACCUAUAAAGAGGGAGGCAGUUUCUCAGAUGACCAUUGAUGCCCCUAGGCGGCUGCUUCAGUUUGCUGUGCGAGAUGCAGUUGGAACUUCAAAGGCAUGUAUUUCAUCAAAAGAGCCCUCAUUCAAGCGCCUUCGAUCUGUGGUGUCAACGUCUUUUGGAGAUUCAUCAUUUUCAGAUUUUCCUAGGAGAAUUCAGUCUGUUGCAAGAGUGCCAAAUCCUUUGGCAACAGUUAUCAAAGCUGUGGCUGAAGCUGCUGAAGAUGUGACAAAGGUUAAAAAUGCUGGAAGUGUGUUUGACAGGCUUGGUCCUGCAAUGGAUGUUUUGGAGACCCGUGACCAAUAUGCGGAAUCAAGAGAAUCUCUUACUGAGGAUGAAGAAUAUGGAGAUCUUAACCAACCUUUGGAGAAAACCCAAUCAGCUUAUCAUCAAAGAGACAAGUAUGCUGGACAAGUUGGUUACAUAACUGCAUUAGAAAAUGAAACUGGGUCUGACAAUGAAGAGUGUGAUGAUGUUAAUGUUGUUGGCCAUGGAGUUAUGGAUGUGUCUCAGACUGGCACAUCUAGUGGAAUUAAGGAUGAUGACUCACUUAUGGUGCAAUGUGGUGUAGCUAAGGAUGAUGAAAUGAUGCAAAUAACAACGAACCAAGAUCUCAAUCAAUCCACUGCAGCAGCAAAUACUUUUCGUAAGAUAGUCAACAUUUCUGUUAAUGUAAAUACCUGGAAACCACCUCAUUAUCAAAAGCCAAGGGAGGUUUCAGAAAUUUUCAGUCAAAAAUCUCUUCCAGAGAAUGAAGCAGUAGCUAGCAAAUCUAAUAUUAGAUUGAUCAAGGAGAAUGACAACCCUUUUACUGUUGGUAAUGGAAAUGUAAAGAGGGCUGCUGAUAUUCAAGAAAUGUGUCAGAAUACAGUGCAGUUUUCUUCUGUUUCAUAUGCUGCUGGUCAUUCUUUAGAGGAUGCUGAUUCUCGAACCAUCUUUGUCAGCAAUGUUCAUUUUGCUGCUACCAAGGACAGUCUUUCUCGGCAUUUUAAUAAGUUUGGAGAAGUGCUAAAAGUUGUUAUAGUUAUAGAUGCGGCAACAAGACGACCAAAAGGGUCAGCUUAUGUGGAGUUCAUGCGUAAGGAAGCAGCAGACAAUGCUUUGUCCCUGGAUGGUACCUCGUUCAUGUCACGGAUUCUUAAGGUUGUGAAGAGAAGCACUGCUCAUCAAGAAGCUGAUCCUGUCAUGACACGGCCCCGCAUUGCCUGGGGCUCUCCAUUUGCUGCUGCAAGGUUUGCUAGAGCUCCUUUUGCCAGAGGUAUACCACAUACAUUUAGGCCUCGGCUUCCUUUAAAACAUGGUGCCAGAAGUUUUCAGUGGAAGCGUGAUGCUCAGGCCACUCCAGCUGAUGCUGGUGCUUCAGUCACUAGGAACAAUGUUUCUUUUCCCACUGCCCGCAGUCUGACCUAUGUCCGAACAGAGCAUAAGUCAGAGGGCAAUGCCAUUAGCUCCUAGUUCAGUAUGUCAUUUCUCACAUUCCUGCUCCGGGCUUGCAUCGCUUUUUGUUGAAAUGUUUGAAUAUGACUGACUGCAUCUAGUAUCUUACGGAUCAAAGGAUGGAGAUAAAACCAACCCAUUCUUUUAUUUUAGAAUUGUGAUGAUUGUUCAAUACCUGGAGACAUGUCUAGAGUAGAGAUGCAUGUAGAAGUGGCAAACUGGUCUUCUGUGAGCAAUUUUGUUAUUCCAGGCAUUUUCUUCUCUUUUUUAUUUCUUUGAAGGGGAUGGGGAGAGUCUGUUAGGGGAGUCUAGUUGUUUUGAUUUGGGAAGAAGCAAGGGACAGUGGUAAUAAUGUUCGGGCCCUGAGUUAUAUAUACAUUAGAUUGAAAUUUGUUAAUAGGGUGGAUGGGUAGUUUGUCUUUUGUUCAAGGGCUUAUGUUAUAUUUUUAUUUGACUUUUCAUUUUUAUGCAAUGAAAAAAAAAAAAAAAGGAGAAAUAAAAGAAAGUGGAAAAGUGAAAAAAGAAAAGAAAAGAAAGUUAAGGAAAAAAAGGAGCUUGCCUCGAAUGUGCAUAGUAAUUUGCAGUCUUUGCAUUUACACGUAACUAUUAACAAGUUCUGCUCAUUUGGUUUAACAUGGAAACGGUUUUUUCUUUGGUACUUUUUCUGAACGAAAAUUUUGUUUACUAGAUUUGUAUCAUUUGGUGUUAGUUUCUUGAUUUUUUUUACUGGGUGUUCUGAGUUGCUUCCAUCAUGAUAAUAGGCAGAUUAUUCAUACUUGAUCAUUAGGUGGGAAAAGAAGAUGAAAGAAAUCGGUGGCAACUCCUUUCUGGUUCAUUUUCUCAUUCUUUAAUAUGCCAUUGUUGACAGUGUUCUUUUCUUGUAUAAGAAAUUAGGUGCUCCAGAUUACACCAUGACUAGGAUUGCAGUGUUCUUUUUUGUUUUUUCAUUGUAAUCAUGUGAAUUGGAUUCCCUAGGCAAUU